CUCCCGUUUAUAACGUAUAUAAGUAUGACGCAAAAAAUAUUACGCGGCGGCAUGUUGAUAGUUACAAUAAUUGCAACAUUUUAAUAAGUAAAAAUUAACCGCAAUCGGUAAUCGUAAUUUGGGUGCUGAACGGUUAACACUAGGCUCCAUGCAGCAGUCUAAUAGUUAUCUGAAGAUACCUUGUUAAGAGGUGAAACACGUGUUGCAAAACGCGCGUGAACAAAAUGACAAUUGGAGAAUGAUUACUAAUGUGGAAGAUAGUAGAACUUCUGAUACUAACAGUGGUAGUUAAUCUUCAAGUAUUGGCAGUCACAUACAUACUACUUGCAGCGGAAUUAAUCCAAAUAAUUCUAAUUAAAUAACAAAUAAAAACCCACUGACAUUAAAAAUGAAGAGAUUCCCAUAUCUUUAUUAUUUGCGUAAUGUUCACUCCCAUAUUUGUUAAGGUUUACUUGCAGGUUAAACGAAAUUGUUACAAAUUUUACAUGACAAUCCUAGGUUGCGGCUAACUGAGAGUAGACAAGUCCAGUGCAUUGUAUUGUAUUUUGGAUUAUCUUUUAUUUCAACAUUAAAACUUCAUUAAAAAUCCUAUAUACCCGCAGAAGUUAGCAGCGGGAUCUGAGGUUAUACCUAAGUUAGCAUAGAUUUGUUUCGGUUUUUUUUUUUUUACUUUGUACACAACAAAAACAAAUCGGUUAUCGGUUCUUUAAUAUUAUCUUAAAAUUAUCUUUGCGUUGUGUUUCUGCAUAAAGUACCUAACUGUAUGGUCAAACGGGAUUAGAAUCAUAAUGCGUGCAUACGACACAUCGCACUGUAGAAAAGACAACAAUUGGUUACUAUAAAGUGACAUAUUACCGAUAGUACAUUUCCAUUAAAAUUUCUACAGGAAAUUAAAUAUUCUGAACAAUUUAUAUUUACGUGUGCAAGGAUUCCUAUUAACCCGCAUAGGUAUGUACAUGAAGAAUUAAAAUUAUUUAGGUACAUACUUUCAAAGAAGACGAUAACAUUCCAUGUGUACUUGACGUGGAAUAGUAAGUAUGUACUCGUCACAUAUUUAUGCAAUAAACCGUAUACUAACCCAACAUUUGUGUUUAGCUAGAAAUAGUGAGCAAUCCUCUUUCUGUACUAUCUUUGGUAAAAUGUAUUUCUCUCAAGUUACAUUACUUUUGUUAUUGUAUAUAUAUGUUGCGGAUGGUGUUGGAAUCAAUGGUCUUGGAAAUGUUUAUAGAUAUUUCCUUAAAGAAAUGAACAGCACUGGAUUGCUAAUGGAAUCUGAUACUACCUCAAUCAAAAGUAAUUGGAUAGAUCUACCGUUAGACCAUUUCAACAUCAAGGAAAAGCGAACGUGGAAGAUGAGGUACUUCGAAAGACUUGAUAUGUGGAAACCGGGCAAACCUAUUUACUUGUUCAUGAACGGAGAAGGCCCUGCAAGUUCAGCAUUUCUGAAAACUGGAAUCAUGUACGAUUUGGCCAAAGAAACGAACGGAGCUAUGUUUUUGUCUGAACACAGAUAUUACGGAAAAAGUAUGCCACUAAAUAAUUCAAACACAGAAAACAUGAAAUAUUUAAGUUCUAGACAGGCUUUGGCUGAUAAUGCACAAUUAUUGGCAUGUAUUAAAUCGAUACCAAAGUUCAAUGAUUCGAAAGUUGUAGUAAUUGGUGGAUCGUAUGCUGGAAACUUGGCUGCUUGGAUGAAAUUACUAUAUCCAGAUGUAGUUGAUGCAGCUCUUGCAAGUAGCGCACCAGUUUUAGCUAAGUUAGAUUUUUAUGAGUAUUUGGAGACUGUGAGUGAAGAUCUCGAUGAGUACGGUCCGCCAGGGUGUUUAGACAAAGUUUCCAAAAUAUUUAAAAGAUAUGAAGACCUCUUCUCAACUGACGAAGGAAUCGAAGUGUUGAAGAAAGAAGAAAAUAUAUGUGCCGAUAAUGAUAUGCGAAAAGAAGAAAAUAGACAAUUAUUUUUCCUAGAAAAGGCCUCUAACUUUAUGUAUCUUGCUCAGUAUGGAAAUCCUGAUAAAAUUUAUAGUUACUGUGAGGACCAGAAGUCUUUGCUUCCAAAUGAUCGUGAUGAAUUCAACCCUGUGUGGAACAAGAAGAAUAAUUGUUUUGAUUACGACUUCGAUAAUAUGAUUGAGAGUAUAAGGGAAAUUGAUUGGUAUUUGUCUUGGACCUAUCAAACUUGUACUGAAUUCAGUUAUUUUCAAACUACCAAUUCCGAUAGUCAACCGUUUACAAGGAACGUACCAAUCGAAUUGUAUUAUAAAAUGUGUACAAAGUUGUUUGGUCCAGAAUUUAACGAAGACAUGGUUAAAAGAGGUGUUAAUGAAACUAAUCGAUUGUAUGGUGGAUUGAAUUUGAACGUAACAAAAGUUGUUUUUGUAAAUGGACAAAUGGAUCCGUGGAGCAAGCUUAGCAUUCUCGAAGAUUUAUCGUAUGAAGCACCCGCAGCGAUUGUUCCUCGAUCUUCGCACUGUAGAGACUUAUUCUCCGAUAGAUCAAGUGACCCUGAAGAAUUGAAGGAAGUAAGGAGGUACGUGAAGUACUUGAUCAAAAGAUGGAUAGGUGCUGGCGAAUAUAGAACCUUGUAAUAUUUGCUUCAUU